UCCCCUGUAGGGCAGACAGAAAGCUGUGGUACGGGGGAGGGGCAGGAACCCAAUCAUCUAACUAACAGGUUGGUCUGGCUUCGAAGAGCCCCACCCUCCUGCAGCUAAUGAACACCAUGCAGCAGGUGUUUGUGCCUCAGUCCCCAGCCGGCCCUGGCUGUGACAGGAGGCGACUGCCACCACUCCAAAGCUCCCUCGCUCACUGGUGAGCCCUCAGGCUCCCAGGCCCAGGGGGGCCACCAUGGCCUACCGCUCCUGCGUCGUUGGCUUCAGCAGCCUCAGUGGCUGUGAGGUGACAUCUGCGGGCAGACCCCAGCCUGGGACUUCAGGAUGGGGCAGCUGUGGGCUCCCUGGGCCUGGCUUCAGCUCCCGAAGCCUCACAAGCUAUAGGCCAGCUGGUAUCAUCCCCAAGGUGACUGUGAACUCCAGCCUGCUGGUGCCUCUGGACCUCAAGGUGGACCCAGCUGUCCAGCAGCAGAAGAACCAAGAGAAGGAGGAGAUGAAGGUCCUCAAUGACAAAUUUGCCUCCCUGAUUGGCAAGGUACAAGCUCUGGAACAACGCAACCAGCUGUUGGAGACCCGCUGGAGCUUCCUACAAGGUCAGGGAACAGCAACCUUCGACCUCAGCCACCACUACGAGACAUUCCAGGGCAGUCUGCAGGAGGAGCUGCGCAAGGUGAGCCAGGAGCGAGGACAGCUGGAGGCCAACCUGCUGCAGGUGCUAGAGAAAGUAGAGGAGUUUCGCAUCAGGUAUGAGGAUGAGAUCUCCAAGCGCACAGACCUAGAAUUCACCUUUGUCCAGCUGAAGAAGGACCUGGAUGCCGAGUGUCUCCGACGAACUGAACUGGAAACCAAGCUAAAAGGCCUGCAGAGCUUCGUCGAGCUGAUGAGAGCCGUCUAUGAGCAGGAGUUGAAAGACCUUACCGCACAAGUGAAGGAUGUGUCGGUGACCGUGGGCCUGGACAGCCGCUGCCACAUUGACCUGAGUGGCAUUGUGGAGGAGGUGAAGGCCCAGUAUGAUGCCAUUGCUGCUCGAAGCCUGGAGGAGGCUGAGGCCUAUUCACGGAGCCAGCUGGAGGAGCGAGCUGCCCGCUCAGCAGAGUUCGGGAGCAGCCUCCAAAGCAGCCGCUGUGAGAUCGCAGACCUCAACGUGCGCAUCCAGAAACUGCGGUCUCAGAUCCUCUCCAUCAAGAGCCAUUGCCUGAAACUGGAGGAGAACAUCAAGGUUGCUGAGGAGCAAGGGGAGCUGGCCUUCCAGGACGCCAAGGACAAGCUGGCCCAGCUGGAGGCGGCCCUGCAGAAGGCCAAGCAGGACAUGGCCCGGCAGCUGCGCGAGUACCAGGAUCUCAUGAACACCAAGCUGGCUCUGGACAUCGAGAUCGCCACCUACCGCAAGCUGGUAGAAGGGGAAGAAAGCCGGAUGGACCUGCCUUCUGCCACCAUGGUCAGUGCUGUGCAAUCCCGGUGCAGGACCACUGCCUCCAAGUCCGGCCUCUCCAAGACCUCCUCCCGGAAGAAAAAGAACCGCAGAGGUCCUGUAAUCAAAAUCACCGAAAUGUCAGAGAAGUACCUCUCCCAGGAGUCAGAGGCCUCAGAGUAAGACAGCGACCCCAGGACACUUCCACUGUAGCCGGAGGGACUUAAACUAAACUUCAGUAGCCUGGAGCCUCCAGGUUCGAGGGGAGAUGCUGAUCUGAGAGAGAUGGGUUCCAGCUGAGGCUUCGUUUCUCUCGAUGGUCCGUGAAGACAAGAGAGCAUCGCCAGCUCCAUUCCGUCUCACUCGCCACUCCCAACCUCCUGGCCACAGGUCGUCCUGGCUGGUAAAGGGGAACUUGGGGCCAGUCACAUCCUUGACUCUCUGAAUCACCUCUUCCCACACAGCUCUGACAAGGUGCUUGACUUUUGCCCAGCGCUUGCCCUGACCUCCUGCCUCAGCCUUGCCUCACCGCUGCCUCAGAUUCUAGGCUGCCAUCCUUACUCACUAGCCAGGCCCCAGCCUUCGCUGAAGGACACACUGGAUUUUAUCCCGUGGGGGCUGAGGACCCCUGGCUCUCCUGCCCUUAGGCUCCCCAGUAUUGGGGGACAAGGAAAGGAAAGGCCUGGUAUGUUAGUCAGAAGCCUAAGUCUUAAAGAGGCCCAGAUACCUGCACCCACUGUCUUCUAGGGACUAAAAUGUCAACCAUAACUAGGCUCCAAAGCGUCCCUGGCCAUGGCCAGCACCCUAGGAGCAGACUCCAGAGAUGACAACCCGACACCGGGCCUUGCCUUCACCUCCCAGUCAUUCUGGAUUGUGCCACCGUCCUGUAACCUGAGCUCUGCCUCCAGACCAGGUCUCUCCACCUCAAUGCUUGCUUUUGGUACAGCAGGCCCUAGAGCCUACCCUGCCAGAAAUGCCCAUUUCUCCCAAAUCCCACUUCCUAGAGCCUCUGUUCUAUCCCCAGAUAGCCAAUGAUCUAGGACAUUCCACCCAGUGGGCCAACUCUCCCUAGUUUCCUUCUUCCUUCUGUUCCUCCCUUCUUCCAAGCUUACUCCCCCUGCCUCUGGUUGACUGUGAGGAAGGCUAAGCCUGGGGAGAUCUGGAAGGUUCUUAGCCCUGAGUUGGCCCAGGAAGCCCCAACAAGAACUAAACCCAUUCUGUUCUGGACUUGGCAGAGAUCUUCUUACCCUUGGCUCUCAGCUCUGGGACUUUCAGGGCACAACAGUGCCAGACUCCUUCUCUCCUCCCUUCUUCCCCUCUCGCCCAUGUCCUGAACCCCUCGCCUCCUCUCCUACCUGUCUUCCACCCCUUCAUCUCAUUCUCCAAAACAAGGUGUUCAGCAAGGUCCCUCGCCCUCCAAGCCUGCAGGGGGCACUGAUGGGCUACCAGCUUUCCCAGGCCAAGGAACCCAGCAAUAUACUCAACCCUGAGUCCCCAACGCGGGUGUUCACUGCUGCUUUCUCUGGGGCUACUUAUCAGUUUCCAAGGGAACAAACCUUCAGUGGGGACAUGAAAUAUAGAAAGUAUAUAUUAUUUUUUCAUAACUUAUGUGGCUUUUAACUUAUUGCUUCCCUUCCUGUUUCUGCAUGAUCAAUGCUGUGUGUACUAUCAGGACUUUAGAGAACUCACUCCAGCCACCAACUUGACUGGCUGACUCGGGCAAGGAGUAAAUAAAGUAUUAAGGUUCAUCUAUGAAUAAAGUUACUGGGCAUUGA